AUGCGACUUGUAGAUGACACUGUCGCCAUGAUAAACAGUAAAACNUGGACACUAGUUAAGAAUGAACUAGAAUACUAUGAUGUGCUGAAGCUAACUCUAGAGGGGGCUGCACAGGAUGGACCUGAUGGAGUGCAAUUAUUUAGUUUAGGCUGUGGCACCUGUUUUGACUUCCACAAGGACACAGACUACCUGUUUCUUGUGGGCACAGAGGAGGGCAAGCUUCAUAAAUGCUCCAAAGCAUACUCCAGUCAGUUUCUGGAUACCAUUGAUGCUCAUCAUAUGGCAGUGUACAAAGUGGCCUGGAACCCUUACCACCCUAAAAUAUUCAUCACAUGUAGUGCAGACUGGACUGUGAAAAUCUGGGAUCACAAUAUCAAAGAGCCCAUGUUCACUUUUGAUCUGAACAGCUCAGUAGGAGAUGUUGCCUGGGCACCUUACUCUUCAACAAUAUUUGCUGCUGUCACUGCAGAUGGAAAGGUGCAUGUUUAUGACCUGAAUGUCAACAAAUAUGAAGCUAUAUGUGAGCAAGCAGUGGUUGCCAAGAAAAAGACCAAACUCACACACAUAGGCUUCAAUCCAUCCCAUCCCAUUAUUAUGGUUGGAGAUGACAGGGGAUAUGUGACAAGUUUGAAGCUUUCACCAAAUCUGAGAAAAAUGCCAAAGGCCAAAAAGGGACAACAAAUUGAGCAAGGACCAGAAGUGGAAAUUGCCAAGUUGGAUAAAAUUUUAUCUUUGGUACGAGAGCCAGAGCCUGCUAAAAAGGCCUGAGUAAAGUGCCAAUAGUACGGAAAAGAUACUUUAUGUAUUUCUUGUGGAAUGAAAAGUUGUACCACCUUACAGGAGAAAACAAUUAUUUUUAAUUUUUAAAAGUAGAACCAAGAUAUAAGGCACCUUGAAAACUGUGAUAAAUGUUUAAAUAAGAGACAGUGCACUGUGUAGUGCAAUUUCUGUCCAGCACCCCAAACCCUCUACGAGCUUGUACAGUUGUUCUGCAGGGGGAUCUACUUAGGUUUAUAUUUUCAAUAGCAGUAGACCCUUUUUCAGAUUUAUCAACUUAACAGCACUUCAUUCUGACAAUACAAAAUGUUAAUGUA